CGUUCGGAGUACCGGAUCGCUACGAGAAUUUUUCGGAUUGGCUAGUGGCGCGCCGCACGCGUACUUCGGCGCUCCAUUCUGUAAAAAAAGGACGACUUUCUUUUUAAGAAUCGCGUGCUCACUAGCCGAGGAUUCAGCUGUAAGGAAGGAGUAGCAGCUCUUAUCUGUGAUGACGUCUAUCCUCGGUUACUGGGACAUUCGAGGACUGGCGCAGCCCAUCCGCAAUAUGCUGGUGUACCAGGGCGUUGAGUUCGAAGACAAACGGUACGUGUUUGGCCCGGAGCCUGACUUCGACGGCGAGGAGUGGCUGAGCGAGAAGUCGACACUGGGCCUCAGGUUUCCGAACCUGCCUUACUACAUGGACGAUGACGUGAAGAUUACGCAGAGCCUGGCCAUACUGCGCUACCUGGCGCGCAAGCACGAGCUCGCAGCUAAGGACGAGGAUGAGACCCUGGAACUGGACAUGCUGGAGCAGCAAGCCCGGGACUUGAGCUGGGGACUGCUCAUGGCCGUGGCAUCGCCAAACUACGAGGAGACCCGACCCAAGUACGAGGAGAAGAUGGAGAGCCUUCUGCAGCCGUGGGACGAGCAUCUGCAGGACAAAGAAUGGGCGCUCGGCGACCGUGUCACUUACGUCGAUUUCCUGCUGUACGAGGGGCUCGACUGGAACCGAGAGCUGAACGCGGGCGCCUUUGAGGGCUUCCCGGCGUUGACGUCGUACACGAAGCGCUUCGAAGAGCUGCCCAACAUCGAAGAGUACUUCGCCUCGGACAAGUACAACAAGUAUCCCAUACUUGGACCGAUGCUUAAGUGGGGCUUCGAGAAGGAGUAGCCACACCUGCGCAACUUGUCGUUGCCAGCCUAUUUUUUUCAGUUGCAGCGAACGUCUGACACCUGUUUCAUCAAUA